CCAGAGGACAAGCAGAGAGGCUCCUCCAGGCCCACACAGCACGCUCACGCUCUCCAAGAUGGUGUCCCACAAGGCUGUGGCUGCCCUGCUGGUGGUGCAUGCAGCCGCCAUGCUGGCUUCCCAGACAGAAGCCUUUGUCCCCAUCUUCACCUACGGCGAACUCCAGAGGAUGCAGGAAAGGGAGCGGAAUAAAGGGCACAAGAAGUCCCUGAGUGUGUGGCAGAGGUCUGAGGAGCCAGGUCCUGCAGGCCCCAUGGAGCCCACGGAGGAAGAAGGAAACAAGGUGAUCAAGCUGACUGCUCCUGUGGAAAUUGGAAUGAGGAUGAAUUCCAGGCAGCUGGAAAAGUACCGGGCUGCCCUGGAAGGGCUGCUGAGAGAGGAGCUGCUGUCCACCCAGAACGGCGCUCGCAGGGCGGGGGUGUCUCCGUGGCCCACCCGGGUGUGCACACUGAUCAACCAAGAGCAGCUGCAGUUUCCCGGGAAAUGCUGCCAAGACGUCCACGAGACCACCUUCCCCCAUCACCAGCAGGGGGUGCCCAUUUCUGGGGCUGGAGAGUUUCCCGAGAUCCUGGGUAUAAUGAGCCGAAACAGAGACCCAGCUACCGCCUACAUCUGUAUGCGCAGUGCCCCGGCGCUUGUUUAG